AUGAGGCGGGGUGGCGUGGUCAGUAACGAGCAGAGUUCCCGCACGGGCAAACAGGUGUAUCAGAGGGAGGCAAAAACGGAGUCCAACAAAACAAGCAGAGUUCAGGAUUGGCUGAGCAAGUUUGGCUACCUCCCACCUCCUGACCCAGUGACUGGUCAGCUUCAGACCAAGGAGGCCCUGACCAAAGCCAUCAAAGCCAUGCAGAAGUUUGGAGGGCUGAAGGAGACCGGCAUCUUAGACCAAGCCACUCUAGGCCUGAUGAAAACCCCAAGAUGUUCUCUACCAGACGUGCCUGAGGCCGAAGUGAUUACGGGCCGCAGGAAACGAGGACUGAACUCUCAGAACAAAUGGAAUAAGAGGCAUCUUUCUUGGAGAGUGAGGACCUUCCCAAAGGAUUCUGCUUUGCUGGGCAGAGACACUGUUCGGGCCCUGAUGUACUAUGCUCUGAAGGUCUGGAGCGACAUUGCACCGCUUAACUUCCAUGAGGUGGCAGGAAGUGACGCAGACAUUCAGAUUGACUUCACAAAGGCGGACCACAAUGACGGCUAUCCCUUUGACGGGCCGGGAGGCACAGUGGCGCACGCCUUCUUCCCCGGCGAGAGGUUCACAGCUGGAGAUACACACUUCGAUGAUGACGAGGCCUGGACCUUCAGAUCACCAGACUCCCACGGGAUGGAUCUGUUUGCAGUUGCAGUUCAUGAGUUCGGUCAUGCCAUCGGCCUGGUCCACACCUCAGCCAUGGAGUCCAUCAUGAGGCCAUAUUACCAUGGUCCUGUAGGAGACCCUUUGAAGUAUGACCUUCCAUAUGAGGACAAAGUCCGCGUGUGGCAGCUGUACGGGGUUAGAGACUCUGUGUCUCACACCAAUCGACCAGGCAAUCCCUCUCAAACAGAUGAGCCACCUGUUCUUCUGGACCUCCCUGAAAAUAGAUCUACUGUAAUGUUGGCACGAGAUGCACCAGACAGAUGCUCGAGUCACUUUGACGCUGUGGCCCAAAUACGAGGGGAAGCCUUCUUUUUCAAAGGGAAGUACUUUUGGCGACUAACAAGAGAAAAGCACCUGGUGUCUCUGCGUCCAGCUCAGAUCCAUCGCUUCUGGAGAGGACUACCAGCCAAUCUGGACAGUGUGGAUGCUGUCUAUGAAAGACCUGGGGACCACAAAAUAGUCUUCUUCAAGGGUCUAAAGUACUGGGUGUUUAAGGACAAUAACGUGGAAGAGGGUUACCCCCGUCCAAUCAGCGACUUUGGUCUACCCAGUAAUGGAGUGGAUGCUGCCUUCAUUUGGCUCCACAACGACAAAACCUACUUCUUCAAGGACAACCACUAUUGGCGCUAUGAUGACCACCUGAGACGUAUGGACCUGGGCUAUCCUAAAGAAAGUGCACUAUGGAAGGGGCUGCCUCCAAACCUGGAUGAUGCUAUGCGAUGGUCUGAUGGGUCUUCAUAUUUCUUCAAGGGGAAGGAGUACUGGCGCGUGCCAGGUAGCGAUAUGGAGACAGAGGCGGGAUUCCCCCGUCUCAUCGCGAAGGACUGGCUACUGUGCAGUGAGAUGCAGUCAGACUCUCCAGACACCGAGCCCAAAAGCAGAGAAACCAGAGUUAAUGUGCACAGUCACCCAGACCAUGCAGAGAAUGGUUACGAGGUGUGUUCCUGCACAUCUGACAAUGCCUCGCCUUUAGGCAUGAGGUCUUCACUGCCUCCUGUCUGGCUGCUGCCACCCCUCUGGACGCUCUCACUGGCCGUCCACUCUGAACUGCUAUGAUGCCAAAGUAUAGGACACUGUUCUCGGGGCCGGACACGAGGGACUGAAUAAAGGCCAGUCAAAAAGGAAAGUGGAAAUUCAGAUCAUAUAAAUAUCAACUGGUAUGCUUUUCCAAUUGUUUUACUGUUAUUUAUUUCACAUGCCAUUCAACAGUCUUUUAAAGCGCUUUUCAGUAUGGUUAUUGCGUAUGUUCUAGGGUUGCCGCUUGGGCGUUAAAUGUUUGCCAGUGUUUGCACCAUGUUUUACAACUAACCGUACAAUCUCUGCGUGGAAACAUGACUGUCACCGAUUUAAUGAUAUGUUACAAGAAAUCCAUUCAAAUCAAAUUCUCUUCAUGUACAGCAGGAAGGCUGGAAAGCAUCUUCGGAAACAAGUGGGUCACCAACUGAUUAACAUCCCAAGAUGAGGUUGUUUAGCGAAAGAAAAA